UGCCACAGGACGGCAGACUGCAAAACAAUGAAGAGAAGAAGCUGAUGGACUUCAUCGUGCGAGGCUACGACCCGGACGUGCGGCCACUGCUGAACGCCUCGCACUCCAUCAGCAUCCAGCUGGGCAUCACGCUCACGCAGAUCUUCGACAUGGACGAGAAAAAUCAAGUGCUAACAACAAACGUAUGGCUUGAUCAGGAGUGGACAGAUGAAUUGCUAACGUGGGAUCCAAAGCAAUUUGGUGGGAUGAUGGAGCUACGAGUCCCAUGCGAGAAAAUCUGGCUACCGGAUAUCGUCCUCUACAACAACGCGGACGACUACACGCGCGGCUACAUGCAGAGCAAGGCGAUGGUGCAUCACAACGGUCGCGUGUUCUGGCCACCGCCCACCAAGUUUCGCUCCACGUGCGCCGUCGACGUCACCUACUUCCCGUUUGACGAUCAGACCUGCAUCCUGAAGCUUGGCAGCUGGACGUAUAAUGGGUUCCAGGUGGAUGUAACGAAUCGGACAGAGCAGGUAGACCUCACGAACUACAUUCCCAAUGGAGAGUGGGAGCUGUUGGAGGCGCGCAUCAACCGCAAUGUGGUUUACUACAGUUGCUGUCCGGAGCCGUUCCCAGAUGUGACCAUAACCCUCAUCAUCCGACGCAAGACGCUGUUCUACAUGUACAACAUCGUGCUGCCCUGCAUGAUGAUGUCGGUGCUGACGCUGCUGGUGUUCUGCAUGCCGCCUGAGAGCGGUGAGAAGAUCUCGCUCGGCGUCACCGUUCUGCUCGCCUUCAGCGUCUUCAUGCUUGCAAUCGCCGAGAAGAUGCCUGAGACGUCCGACAGCGUACCACUCAUAGGCAUCUACCUGACGGCGGUGAUGGCCAUCACCUCCGUCUCCAUCAUCAUGACGGUGGUGGUGCUGAAUCUGCACUACCGCGGCCCUGCCAAGAAGGAGGUGCCCCGCUGGGUGCGACGUCUUGUGCUCAGAAGGAGCGACUGCAGCCGGCGACGCGACGCCGGCGGCAUGCAGAAGGUCUGCUCCGGCUGCUACCGGCGCCGCGGCUUCGCGGCCUCGGAUCCGGCCGUCACCGAGUCGUCGCCCAUCCUGCCCGCGUACAGCCCUGGUAACGGUACGCUGCUGCAGGACGACGUGGACCGGGCGCUGCGCCACCUGCUGAGCCGCCAGGAGGCCGAGGAGCACUGCGGCCGCGCCAUCAACGAGUGGCGUCAAGUGGCGCUCGUCGCCGACCACGCGCUCUUCUGGCUCUUCCUGGUCAUCACCACCGUGUCCAGCCUCAUGUUCCUGGUCGUGCUGCCCGUGUACAAGCGCAGCCAGUACCAGAGGCCGCCCUGA